GAGGGCAAAGUGGCCGUGGCGGCGCCAUGCCCGGGCCGGAGUGAGUGCGCGCGGGCGAAAAUGGCGUACAUCCAGCUGGAACCUUUAAACGAGGGUUUUCUUUCUAGAAUCUCUGAUCUGCUGCUGUGCAGACGGACCUGCCGGACCUGCUGUCAGAAGUGCUAUGAGUCCAGCUGCUGCCAGUCGAGUGAGGACGAAGUGGAAAUUCUGGGACCUUUCCCUGCCCAGACCCCUCCCUGGCUGGUGACGAGCCGGAGCAGCGACAAGGACGGGGACUCAGUCCACACGACCAGCGAUGUCCCACUCACCCCGCGGACCAGCUCCCCUGACCGGAGAUGCUCUUCCUCGGACACGUCCAAGUCCGCUUACAGCCUGACGCGCAGGAUUUCAAGUCUUGAGCCCCGACGACCCAGCUCCCCACUCAUUGAUAUUAAGCCCAUCGAGUUUGGCGUUCUCAGCGCCAAGAAGGAGCCCAUCCAGCCCUCGGUGCUCAGACGGACCUAUACCCCGGACGAUUAUUUCAGGAAAUUCGAGCCUCAGCUCUAUUCCCUCGAUGCCAACAGCGACGACGUGGACUUCCUGACCGACGAGGAGAUCUUGUCCAAGUACCAGCUGGGCAUGCUGCACUUCAGCACCCAGUACGACCUGCUGCACAACCACCUGACCGUGCGGGUGAUCGAGGCGCGGGACCUGCCGCCCCCUGUCUCCCACGACGGCGCCCGCCAAGACAUGGCGCACUCCAACCCCUACGUCAAGGUCUGCCUGCUGCCAGACCAGAAGAACUCCAAGCAGACGGGCGUCAAGCGCAAGACUCAGAAGCCGGUGUUCGAGGAGCGCUACACCUUCGAGAUCCCCUUCCUGGAGGCGCAGAGGAGGACCCUGCUGCUGACCGUGGUGGACUUUGACAAGUUCUCGCGCCACUGCGUCAUCGGCAAGGUGUCCGUGCCGCUGUGCGAGGUCGACCUGGUGAAAGGCGGGCACUGGUGGAAGGCGCUGAUCCCCAGUUCUCAGAAUGAAGUGGAGUUGGGGGAGCUCCUUCUGUCCCUGAAUUAUCUCCCCAGCGCUGGGAGACUGAAUGUUGAUGUAAUUCGAGCCAAGCAACUUCUUCAGACAGACGUGAGCCAAGGUUCAGACCCCUUUGUGAAAAUCCAGCUGGUACAUGGACUCAAGCUUGUGAAAACAAAGAAGACAUCCUUUUUAAGAGGCACAAUCGAUCCUUUCUACAAUGAGUCCUUCAGCUUCAAAGUUCCCCAAGAAGAACUAGAAAAUGCCAGCCUAGUGUUUACAGUGUUUGGUCACAGCAUGAAAAGCAGCAACGCUUUCAUCGGAAGGAUCGUCAUCGGCCAGUACUCUUCCGGCCCCUCGGAGUCCAACCACUGGCGGCGGAUGCUCAACACCCACCGCACGGCGGUGGAGCAGUGGCACAGCCUGCGAUCCCGAGCCGAGUGUGACCGAGUGUCUCCUGCCUCGCUGGAGGUGACCUGAGGGGGCCCGAGCGGGCCUGAGGGAAGGCCGUUUUCAUUUGUUUAAA